CCAAUCACCACCAUCAGCACGUGGGCCGGCGGAUUGAUUCGAUCCUGCAGACUGGAGAGGCAUGACAAGGAAAGUUCCUAGAGCUUGUUUUGGUGGAAUGCGAUCUAUACGGGACCUCCUAUGACAUCAGCCUCACACUAAGCCUCCACGACUCCAUAGUCAACCUCGAGUUAGCCUGGCAUAGUUUCGUCCUAAAGCUUCCCGACUUUGUGACCGGAGCCACUUUGGGGAAAUAAUGAGUAGCUUUCCUUUGUAUAAAGUUGAGUUGACAAGUCCGUCCUCAGCCCUACUGACCAUACCAUCGCAUAUACAACCAUUUCAACCCUUCAUCUGCAAACAAACAAUCAUCCACUCCCACGUAUAAUUCCAAGCCGAUAAACCAUAGACAUGAGCACCUCAAACACAUUCAAAUUCAGCGAUUCAACAUGGGCGUCAUCGACCACGGACGCCGCCUUAUCCGAAAAGGACCAGAAGGAACUCACCAUCGCUGAAACCGCCUCAAUCACGAGCGACACAACACUUGGUGGUGCAUCAGAAUUCAUUUUCAAUCCCACCAAGUCCCUCCACAUCGUCGCACAAGGCAUCGGAUCAUUUCGACGGCCUGGACCCUGUUCAGAACUGCAAAUCAACAUCGUCAACCCCGACUCAACUAUCGCCUACCAAUCGGUCCGUCCGCAGAUGUGGAAAGGAAAUUGCGUGUUGAGCGAUGCAGAAGGUCGAGAACUCAUUGCCACGGAAUACUUCUUCGGACCAGGUCGCGAUCCCAUCAUUCACAUUAUCGACACCGUGAAUUCUCAGAUUAAGACAGUAUCGAAGUGGUUUUCAAGGACGCAUACCUUUCCCCUGCCGGACGGACGCACAUUCACGUGGGAAUACAGGAGGGAAAUGGGAUUUGGCGAUGAUGGGAAGAAGGGCACUGCGUUGGUGUUGACUCUGGAGGGAAGACGAGUGGCUGCGCUGAUCAGGAAUAAGAAGACUAGGACACCUGGUACAAAGCCUUGCUAUUCGGGCAAUGGAGGUGAGUUGCUUUUGGGCGAGGAGAUCAAUGGGAAGGAGGGGAUAAGCGAAGAGUUGGUUGUUGCGACCUGUAUCCUCAUGCUGAAGAAGGAGAUUGAUAGGAAUAGGGCGGCUUAGCACGUAAAGCGACCACUCAGUGGCCUCUUUUGAUUCUUCAUUAUCGAGCAGUUAUAGAGCGG